CACGUGUCUGUAAACAAUUCAUGAAAAGUGCCCAAUCAAUCAAGAUCCUGAGAGUCAAAGGCCGUGUUUUGGAGUUUUGACUCAACCAACCCUGUUGACAAUUGGAAAUUAUUGCCAAACACAAUUGAUGGGUUUGUAAUAUCUGAAUCUUUAAUUGAUGGGUUUGUAAUCUUCACUCUCUAUUUUCACCAUUACAUAUUGUAUGCUUUCACUAUUGAUUUCUUGUUCAAGAACCCUAAAAAUCCGAUUUUUAUUGAUGGGUUUAGUGUCUUUAGCCCUAAUUCGAAAAGGGUUUUGGAUUUAACCUGAUUCUUGGAUUUUGGGAGGUGGGUUUGUGAUCUAAUCAAGAAUUUGGUACUGAAAAAUUAGGGGGUUUGUGUAAUUGUGUUUGAAAGUUGGAGUUUUUUAUAAAUAAAUAUAAAUCCUUAUCUUCAAAAAAAAAAAAAAAAGUUAUUGAAGUUUGAUGAGAUGGAGGAAAAUGCAGCAGCUUUGCAUACCGCGGUGAAUUCGGUACAGGCGUUGGGUAAGGGUUUCGAUGUGAAUUUCGAUACGAGGUUGUUGUAUUGUAAGGGAGUACUAGCAGGGUCAAAAGUUGUGGAGAUUGAUGAAGAACAUACAAGGGAUGUUUGGAUAUAUGAUAAUUUGGUUGUGCCCAAUGUGUCUAGAGAUAUCGAGAGUUCUCAGGAUGCGGUUAACCACGAUAGUUCCGGGGUCUGCAGUUAUCAUCAGAUGGUCGAGUAUUUUAACGAGAAAGCUAACCUAUCAGGCAACGUUCCUCUUGGUAGCUUUAACACUGCAUUUGGUUUUACGGGUUCUAAAAAUAUUGAUGCCGCAGCCACUAAGACCCUUUGUAUGGAUGGUUAUUUCAUCCCACUUUCUAAAUUUGAGCUCACAAAUUCCUCUUUAGUGUUGCAAGAAAGUGUUAAACGCGCGGUCCCCACAUCAUGGGACCCGCCUGCCUUAGCGAGUUUUAUCGAGACUUUUGGCACUCAUGUGAUUACAUCGGUUACAAUUGGCGGUAAAGAUGUAAUAUACGUCAAACAACACCACUCGUCACCUUUGUCGACUGUUGAGAUGAAAAAUUACGUUGAUGAUAUAGGAAACCAUCGGUUUACCAACACCGAAAACCUUACCAACUCGGGUCUUUUGAGAUUCAAGGAAAAGGGCGGUGAUCCAUCAUUAUUCAGUAGCCAAGGCGUAUAUCCUCAACCCACAAGCGUACCAUCACUUAGCGGAAAUGCAAAGGAAGAUGUAACGGUUAUUUUAAGAAGAAGGGGAGGAGAUGAUUUAGAGCGAAGCCAUACUCAAUGGGAGAAAACCGUUAAAUACUCUCCCGAUAUCAUUGCCAUGUCAUUCGUUCCCGUUACUUCUCUUCUAGAAGGAUUACCGGGAAACGAUCAUUUGACUCGCGCUAUAAAUCUUUACCUUGAAUGUAAGCCUCCAAUCGAAGAGCUGAGAUACUUUCUCGAGUUCCAGGUGGCACGAGUAUGGGCCCCGUUACAAGGUCGGCUUCCGGGCCAUCAAAGAAAAGAACCUAUGUGUCCUUAUUUACAGUUUAGCAUGAUGGGCCAAAAGCUUUACGUUUCUCAAGAUCAGAUAACGUUAGGACGUAAGCCCGUAACAGGCUUACGGCUAUGCUUCGAGGGUUCAAAACAUAACCGUUUAACCAUUCAUAUUCAACACCUGCAACCCCUCCCUAAAAUCCUCCGCCCCUAUUGGGACACACAUGUAGCCAUCGGAGCACCCAAGUGGCUAGGACCCGAGGAGCAAGACAGCCGAUGGUUCGAGCCGGUCAAAUGGAAAAACUUCUCUCACAUCAGCACCGCACCAAUCGAGAGCCCCGAAGCCUUUAUCGGCGACUUCUGUGGCGUGCAUAUAGUCACCGGGGCCCAGCUUGGCGUAUGGUAUUUCGGGUCAAAAAACGUUUUAUACAUGAAACUAUUAUAUUCCCGGCUGCCCGAUUGUACGGUUCGAAGAUCGUUGUGGGACUACUCUCCAACCGAUAAUACAAAGCGGUCAACUGGUUAUGGAAACGGUGUCGGUGAUUCAAGCUCGGAUUCUGGAAGUAAUAAGAAGUUGGCGAAAUUUGUGGAUACUACGGAGAUGAGUAAAGGGCCCGAGGACCCGCCGGGCCAUUGGGUGGUUACGGGCGGUAAGCUUGGGGUGGAGAAAGGGAAAGUUGUAUUGAGACUCAAGUAUUCUCUUCUAAACUAUUGAGUGUGUUAUUGCUGGUACCGGGCCGGGCCGGGCCUACUUGGGCCGGGUCAGUUCGGGUUGGGUCGGGUCGGGUCGUAUAUAACAUGUAUGACUGUAACCAAAUACUUAAAAGAGUUAUAUACAACAUACCUUAAGGCUUUAUUGUUGUAUCGGGCUGGGCCGGGCCUAGUCGGUUUGGGUCAUAUAUAACUUGUAAACAGUUUUAUAUAACACACACAACAUAAUUGUUAUAUCGGUCGGGUCGUGUCAGUUCAGGUCAUAUAUAACUUGUAUGUAGGGGUGAGCAAAAGGGAAAACCCGACCCAACCAUUAUCCGACCCGACCCGACCCGAGAACUGAUCAAACAUAAAAUACAGAACCGAUUCACUACCCUAAAUAUAGAGUCGGUUCCGGUCCAUAGGUCCAAGUCGGGUUUCACCAUGAAAAGAACCAAGAACCGACCCGACCUUAUUUUAUAUGAAAAUUUGGAACCGAUCUAAAUACCUAGGUACUUGGGUUCGGGUCGGGUUGGGUAUAUUUUCAGUUCGGUUCUCGGUUAUUUUCGGUCCGGACCUAAACUUGCUCACCCCUACUUGUAUGACUGUAUAACUAUAACAUACACAAAAUAAUUGUUUUGUUGGGCCGGGCCGUGUGGAUUCGGUUAUGACUGUAACCAAAUACGUUAAGCAGUUUUAUAACGGGCCAGGCCCGGGUUAUAUAUAAGUUGUAUGAAUGUAACAAAA